AAAGUUAAUAAUCAAUACAAAAAGAAAAAUACGUAUUGAAAAAAAGAAAACCCUCGCAAACAGUAACCGGUACGACCGUGUAAAAAGCCGCCAAAAUUCUACUCAAGGAGCGUAAAGCGAUCAUUUCGAAAAUGAAAUCAUUGACGGCCGUUUGCCAAACAGGCGCCUCAAUGCCGGCCAUCAAUCCGAACGGGCGCAUCACGCGUCAUGCGCCGCAUCGCGGCGACGGCGAGAAUGCCGAGAUGAAAAUGUAUCUGUCCAAGCUGAAGGAUUUGGUGCCCUUCAUGCCCAAGAAUCGCAAACUCUCCAAAUUGGAGAUCAUCCAGCAUGUGAUCGAUUACAUUUGCGAUCUGCAAACGGAAUUGGAGACUCAUCCCGAGAUUAAUAAUUUCGAUGCAGCCGCUGCGCUCAGCGGCGUCGCAGCUGCUGCAGCUGUUGCUGCCGGCAACUCGGAAGGAGACGAUGAUGACGAUGACGAAGAGGUGGUGGAGGAGGAGGAGGAUGAUGCGAUGCGGGGGGUGGUGGAGGAGAGGAGCGAACAGUUGGUGGCGGGCAGCGAUGUGCUCGCUCAGCGCUUGGCCGCCGAGAAAAUCUCUAGUCCCGUUGCUGCCACACGCAUCCCGCUCAUCGAUCGCCAGACGCCAAACACAAUUCUGCCAGCGACGGCGGCAGCAGCGACGUUAGCGUCAACAGCGGCGCCUGUGCAACAACAGCAACAACAACAGCAGCUGCAGCUGCACAGCAGUUUAACAACGCAAAAUAGCGGCGAAAAGGACAGCAGGCAAUCGUAAAAUGAGCAGCUGGAAGAAGAAGAAGAAGCAGCAGCAUCAGCGGCGGCAACUACAACUAAAACUAAACAUUUAAAGCUACAUUAAAUACAUAUAAAUAUAUACAUAUAUAUAUAAAACAUAUUAACUAAUGUUAGUUAGUAGCAGCAGCAGUGUAGUACAGUCAACUUCACUCUCAAACUCAACUCAACUCAACUCCACACAAAACUCAACUCAACUCGUGUGAAGAUCUCCACAGCAACAACAACAACACCAACAACCGCAACAGCAAUUCAUUUAAAACACACACACACAUAGACACUGCAGCCACGCCCACAUGUGGGCGCAUGGAUGUAAAAGCAUUUCACACCAACACAUUGAAAGAGUUUUUUAGUUCAUAAAUAAAAGCAGCAAAAAAAGCAAAAUAAAACCUAACUAAGAAUAGCAUUAAAUGAAAGCAAGUAAAAACCAUUGUAAGCACUAAUACUACAUUAUUAUUAACAUUUAACGUUUAACAUUUAACUAUUAGCAAGCAGAUUAACUACGACGAAGAAGUAGAUGAUGAUGAUGAAGAAGAAGAUGAUGAUGAUGAAAAAACUUGGCAAAGCUUUAAACAAUUUAAUUUUUCCUUUAAUCGCAUUGAUGAAAUGAAAUGAAAAAAUGAAUUUUUGUUUUUUAUAUGUUUAGUUUUUGGUUUAAUUGAAGAAUACAAAACAAAAAAAAAAACACAAACAUGUUAAUAAUUUUACGAAAAUGAUAAGAAUGCAAAGCAAAAAAGAACAGAGAGCAGCAAUAAAAGAAAACAAAACAAAAGAAAAA